AUGGUGCUCCCACGCUCUACUGCCGCUUUUCGUACGCUCCUUUCCACCCAAUCGAAGAGAAUAGCUCCUCGUGCGGCUCGAUCUUCCCGGGUUUGGCAGCAGUCUAGCCGGCGAGGCUAUUCGGCUGAAGGUGGUGCGGAUUCGCAUAAGGCAGGCAGUGAUCUUCCAUGGCUUAUUGGUUCCAUCGCAAUAACUGCGCCAUGCGCUUAUUAUCUCUAUAAAUCCGGCCCUUCAAACAGUAGUCACGGUCACGACCACGGCCAUGGCCACGACAACGCUGCUGAGUCGGACGACUCUCAACCUAAGGAGGCCAAAGAUACCGAAGAACCUCAAGAACAGGCAAAACCAGAAGCUGUCGCCACUCCUGCUGCUGAAGAGGAAAAAGCUGCACCCACCUCGGCUAAUGAGAAAUCCAAUGACGCCAGUGAAGCCUCCGAGACCGAAACUGAAAAGGGCGAGUCUAAGGAGGCCGAUGCGCCAGCAGCGGAUACCAAGACGGCUCCCGCUGACAGCAAGAAGCCCGAGGGCGAUUCUAAAGCCGAAUAA